UUUUACAUGUAAAAAAAAAAAUGGAAUGCGUUCAUUUGUGAAGUUUUACAAUCGUGUUUAUUAAUUUGCAAUUAAUAAUCAAUGCAUAAAUCUUAGCAAUUAAGUAGUGUUCAAUAUGGGUCGAUCGAGAUCUCGAAGUAAAACGCCUAGGCGUCACCACAAAAGUAGCAAACAUUCAAGGAAGAAGAGCCGUUCUAAAGAUCGGUCGUCGUCUCGGAGCAGAACUUCUAAACAUGCCGAGAAGAUCAGAGAACGGAGUUCCAAAUCACGGAAAAGAUCUCACUCGGCAUCUUCAUCUUCUAGUACAGAUGGCUCGUAUGAAGGCAGUAGGCAUGGUACGAAAAAGACUAAAGGACGCAGCAAAAUGGAUGAAGUUGAUCGCCUGGCAGAAAUGGAAAGACAAAGGCGGGUUAGAGAAGCCGAACAAAAGGUUGUUGAAGAAGAAGCUGCGAAGAGAAUUGAACUUCUUGUCAAGAAGAAAGUGGAGGAAGAACUUGAGAAACGCAAAGAUGAAAUAGAGCAAGAAGUAGCUAAAAGAGUUGAAGAAGCAAAACGGAAGAUGGAAAAAGAGAUGAUGGAGGAACUUGAAAGGCAAAGGGAACAGCAGCGACAGGAGGAGCUAGCAAGACAGGAGGAAGAAGCUCGUAAAAGGAAAGAGUUGGAGGAUAUCAUGGCUGAAAACAAUAAAAAGAUUGAAGAAGCGCAGCGUAAGCUGGCUGAAGAGAGAUUAGCAAUGAUCGAAGAACAGCGUAAAAUGGAUGAAGAGAGGCAAAAACUGAAAAGAGAACAAGAAAAGCGAAUAAAAGAGGAACAAAAGAAAAUCCUAGGGAAAAACAAUUCGAGACCCAAAUUGUCAUUUUCACUGAAGCCACUCUGAUGUGUUAUAAUUGUAGGGAAUCAUAUAGCUAGUAAUAUAUCUAAAUUAGAUAUAAUUUGGAUAGUGGUAUAACUGGAAUUUUAUGCGAAAGUUUUAAAGAAAUCUUAUAAAAAAAUACAACACUAUGUGUUAUUUGAACGGAUUAUGAAUAUUUGAACGGAUUAUGAAUAUCUCAAAUGUUUAUUGUAAUUGUUGUGCUGUAAGAGUUACUAUAAAAUCAUCAGAUUUCAUUCAUAUUCAGCUUUUUCAAUAUUUCUGUAUGUGUAUUCAUGAUACAAAAAUACAUAUGUUCAUAAAAUAAAAAUUAAGCUACAAAUAUAGUAUACUUUAAUUAAAUGGGCCAAGGUUUUGGUUGUGCCCCUAAAGAAUAGAUACUAUAAUUUGAAUGGUUUGUGCACUGCACAUUCAUUUUAGGUUCCAGAUGUACAAAUACUUGUAAUGUGUUUAAUUACGCACAUUCUGGUUAUGACACUAUCCAUGCAAUUAUUUGUAAGAACAUUAUUGUAAUGAUUGUCUACAGUUGACAUAGCUUAGAAGCAAUGGCGUAGCUUGGCAUGAGUGACAUCCGUUACAAAAGUGUCACCAAGGCUGAAAAAAGGAAUGACAAACAAAGAUUUCAGGAAAUCAAGAGCCAGUAUUUUAGCAUUGGCUUUGUGAUUGUGAACAUUAUUUACAGCACAUUCAUAGAUAAACAAUAUAAUCUAAAAAGUAAACUGGCUAUUAGCAAGUAUUCAAUAGCUCACCUACUUUUUAUCUUUUUUUUGACACAGUUUUGUGUAGCCUGCACGCAAAUAGCACCGAGCUCACUUCAGUUACGCCUCUGAUAAUAAUAUUUAUAUUGAACACAGAUUAGUAUAAAUGCUAUAGUUACAUUUGUCCGCUAAUUGUUUCAAUUGUUUUUUUUUGUUGUUUUCAAUAUUUGAAUUGUAUAAAAUGAAUAUAAUAUUUUAGUUCAAGUACUCAUUUGGUCUAUAAAUUAAAUUGUCACGAUGAUGAAUCGUGUUGGUUUCAUUCAUCUAAAAAGACACCAUGAAUUGUUUCAGUGGUGUCAUCAUAAAUGAUCACGUUUACAACACUUCGAAAAUAUUAAUUAUUAUCAUUGAAAUUGCCAAUGUUCCAAUGUUAAUUAGGGAAUAUGUCUUCUCUUUAAUAUUGCCUUAAUAUUUUAAUAGAACCGUAAAUAUUGUAAUCAUGUUAUGAUAAAAACAAAUUGGUUGACCAAUUAUUUUUGCCAACCACACUCUGUGGUAUCAAUAGGUGGUGUUGUGAAAAUAAAUAGUCAACUUUAAUUAUUUAACACAAUAUAUCAACAAGGUCAAAAAUAUCUUCAUUCAAGUAGGCCAUAGAUGGCACUUAUGAUCCCACCACGUGUGUACGUCUGCUCAAGAUUUAUAAGUUAAUUCAAGAAGAUUUGAAUGUGUAGAACAAUAAGCACUUUGCUCUUAACAAACUAUGAUUCUCGUGUAUUUUCAUAUACAAGGGGAACCAGAUUAGCGUUUGACUGAAUUUGAACUAUCUAGAACUAAUAAUAAUAUAAUACCACGAAAGCUUUUUAUGAAACAAGAGCAAUAGAAUGAAUAGUUGUAAAAGUUGCAAGGAAAUAAUGACGAAGUCAAUAAAAUAUCAAGAAUGUAAAAUAUUCUAUUUUAAAAUAUUGCCUUUUCGUCGUGAACAAAACAUUAUGACGAAAACCGUCACACCGAAAAUACAAGUAUUCGAAUCGAGUAACAGCAAUAUUAGACUUUGUAAAUAUACUCUAUUUCCCUGCUAGUAUUUCCGUUAUUUUGUAAAACCUCGUACUUCAAGGUGGAAGUAUAUUUCAUAAAUCAUAUCUCACGCUAUUCGAUUACCCUCAACAAAGAUAAACUUUAAGCCUUGAAAUACUGUUUAGCAGAACAAAGUAAUUGUAUUAAAUUGACGUCGAAGAUGCAUCAGUCUGAUCUGGUUUCAUUCAUAUCCAUUUGUAUAGUUUUAAAUGUGACUAGAUAAUUGUUAUGUAGGAAUAGUUGAUUAAUUAGAAUAUUUUUUUUUUAUAUUAAUCAAUUAUUAUAAGUUCUCAAUGAUCAUUGCAUCUAAGCAUAAGCAUUUUGGCUAAUUGUCUAAAUAAUAUGUGCUGCAGUAAAAACUGUCAAAACAUUAACAAAAAAAUUACUUCAUAUUGUCACUGUUUGCAUUAUCUAUAAUUCGUAUAUAAAUUGAUUAUUCUUGCUGUAGCAUUAGAGAUAGGAAGUUCUAAUCUUAGAAAUCCGUUUGAGACAUUGAGAGUAUUUCAAACUAUUUGAAAGUUUUCAGAUUUCAGAAGUGUUUCAAUAACGUUUUUCGCGGUAAUAGAACCUGCUACUUGUUAGACGUUUAAUAUUUUCUUUAUCAAUUUGUAGAAACUUUAUAAAAUUAUCUUUAAAAUACAAUAUGUUGUCCCUUUGCAGUAUCUUAGCAGGUUCGAUUUGCGCAAUAAUCUUUUAUAGGUAUCGACUUUUUUUUCGCAUAAUCUUGAACUGAGUUUUCAUAAGUUUAUAAAAGUCUAGAUAGAUUGCUCAAAGGCCGCCAUCUCUUGGUCUGAAGAUAUGGUAGCGCUAAGACGUUCAUUUCAAAAUUGCUUCCUAAAUAAUAAAUUAUUUAAGCACACUUUAUAAUUCUGUAGUAAUUAUACGAUCUUGUAAACUAAUUUUUUUCUAACAUGUCUCAUACUGAUACUUUUUAGAGUAAAGAUCGUUUUGAAAAUAUAUAAAAAAAUAUAAAAUCAUA